CGUUUCUCUCAUUUCAAUUUAGCACUCGUCGACACUCAGGUUAAUACAAAAUGUCGGAAACUUUGUGUGGAUGUGGAGAAAGAAAAAAAUACGAUUCGGAACCGAUUGAAGAAGUUCAUCGAGUUUUUUUAUCCGAUACUGUCAUUUCUGAUCGGAUCCUUCCACCGAAGACAUCGUCAUCUGAACCUGAUUUUCAUUAUGUGGCUGAUUAUGACGAACUUUGCGGUCCUUGGAUAUUUCCCAAAAAUCCUGCUAUUCAGAUAUACGAUGAAGUUUUGGCACCGAAGUUAUGCACCUGGGAAUUUUUAUCUCGGGAGGAUAUGAAAUUUUUGCAGCAAAACCAGCAAGAAAAAGAAGCAAUUUUGUCUUUGAUUGGAAAUAAAUUGCCGGAGAAUCUUCUGUUUGGAGGAAAGAACAGACAUAUUUUUCUGCAUCUUGUGUGGGAAGUUUUUCAAUUCGUGAGAGAUAACGGAUUUACAGAAAAAGGAAUUUCAGUUUUUCUAGGAUUGUUUUAUAAAACUCAUCGAUUUUUCCUUUCUCAUGCUCGACGAACGAUUGAGGAAACGUAUAAAUUUUUCUAUGAUGGGAUUCUUUUACAUUCGGUUUUGCAUCCGCCAGAUAAAGACGAAGUUUUAACUCCAUCAGAGUGUAAGUUGUUGCUUGACCUCUUUCACUCAACCUACAUGCAACAGAUGAUGCUCAUACGUUUUGUCUGUCUCCCUAAUUACAAUUUAGUACUUAAACUCAAGAAUUCGCAAGAGGAGCAAUGAUAAGAAACUGAAAUCGAAAAAAAAGAUUUCAAUAAAAAUAAAAAAUGUAGAAAAAAGUAGAG